ACUCGCUGCGCUCUGACCACUGCAACUUUUGCAGAGACUCCUCACUCCACAGACAUGUCGCACAAUAGCUGAAGUAAACCUGUCAUCUCGGCUCAUCCUUUGGAGCCCUCACAAAUAUACCGCAGGUGGGAUUUGGAACAGCUGAGCCUCUCUUCUGUCGCUUUUCCUCUCAUCGGACUCUCGGUUUGGAAACGCAUGGAUAUGAAUUAUGAGCCUUUUUCCCACUAAUGAACUGGGCCAGUAAUGCAGGAGACCACGGCGACUCUCUCAUCAGUGUUUCAAGAUGGCAGAUUUUUAUUGAGUUUUGAACAGAAAUAUCGCUUUAUUUUUUGCCAUGAAUAACAGAAAUCCUUGCACCGAUGGCCCCUGUAUACGAAGGUAUGGCCUCGCAAGUGCAAGUGUUCUCCCCUCACACUCUCCAGUCAAGUGCCUUCUUUAGCGUGAAGAAACUGAAGGUGGAGCAAAGUUGUAACUGGGAUAUGACAGGGUACGGCACACACAGCAAAGUCUACAGCCACAACAGCAGCAAGAACGUGUCGGCCACCAGUGGCCCCCUAGGUAUCAACAGCUCCCUGCAGGUCGCCAGCUCCACCCUGCCCUACGAGCAGGCGCUCAUCUUUCCAGCCAGUGCAGGCCACAUUGUGGUCGCCUCAGCCAGCAGCACUUCAGGGGCCGUAGGGUCUCUCCUGGGCAGUGGGGGUGGAGGCAGCAGCAGCAACAGCAGUGGUGGUGGAGGUGGCGGUGGUGGCAGCGGUGUGGGCGGUGGAGUUGGGGUUCACAACCUGACACGCCGCAGUACGGUCAGUCUUCUAGACACCUACCAGCGAUGCGGGCUUAAACGCAAGAGCGAGGAGCUUGACAACAACAGCAGUGUGCAGAUCAUUGAGGAGCACGGUCCACCGAUGAUACAGAACGGCGCAGCCAGUGGAGCCACGGUGGCGACAGUAGCCACUGCCACCUCCACAGCAACGUCAAAGAACAGCGGUUCCAACAAUGAGGGAGACUACCAGUUAGUGCAGCAUGAGGUACUUUGCUCUAUGACCAACACCUAUGAAGUGCUGGAGUUCUUAGGGCGAGGGACCUUCGGACAGGUGGUUAAGUGCUGGAAGAGGGGCACCAACGAGAUAGUGGCGAUCAAGAUCUUAAAAAACCACCCAUCGUAUGCACGGCAGGGCCAGAUUGAAGUCAGCAUCCUGGCGCGUCUCAGCACGGAGAGUGCAGAUGACUACAACUUUGUGAGGGCCUACGAGUGCUUCCAGCACAAGAACCACACGUGCCUGGUAUUUGAGAUGCUGGAGCAGAACCUGUACGACUUCCUCAAGCAGAACAAGUUCAGCCCUUUGCCACUCAAAUACAUCAGACCCGUGCUACAGCAGGUGGCCACCGCGCUAAUGAAACUGAAGAGUCUGGGGUUGAUUCAUGCUGACCUGAAGCCGGAGAACAUCAUGCUCGUGGACCCAUCUCGACAGCCCUACAGGGUUAAAGUCAUUGACUUUGGCUCAGCUAGUCAUGUGUCCAAAGCAGUCUGCUCUACUUAUCUUCAGUCCAGAUACUACAGGGCUCCGGAGAUCAUCCUGGGCCUGCCCUUCUGUGAGGCUAUAGACAUGUGGUCCCUGGGCUGUGUGAUAGCUGAGCUCUUCCUGGGAUGGCCCCUAUACCCCGGAGCCUCAGAGUACGAUCAGAUUCGGUACAUCUCACAGACACAGGGUCUGCCAGCAGAGUAUCUAUUGAGUGCGGGGACAAAGACCACCAGGUUCUUCAACAGAGACCCCGACUCCACCUAUCCUCUUUGGAGACUUAAGACUCCAGAGGACCACGAGGGUGAGACAGGGAUCAAGUCCAAGGAGGCUCGCAAGUACAUCUUCAACUGUUUGGAUGAUAUGGCACAGGUGAACAUGACGUCAGAUCUGGAGGGGAGCGACAUGCUGGCAGAGAAAGCUGACAGGAGGGAGUUCAUUGACUUGUUAACCAAGAUGCUGACCAUUGACGCUGACAAGAGAAUCACGCCUAUUGAAACGCUCAACCACCCCUUUGUUACCAUGUCGCAUCUCCUCGAUUUCCCGCACAGCACACAUGUGAAGUCGUGCUUCCAAAAUAUGGAGAUCUGUAAGCGUCGAGUGAACAUGUAUGACACAGUCAACCAGAGCAAGACGCCCUUUAUCACCCAUGUUGCCCCCAGCACCUCCACCAACCUCACCAUGACCUUCAACAACCAGCUGAACACUGUGCACAGCCAGGCCACCAACCUGGCUCCCUCCUCCACCACCAAUGCCACCCUUUCCUUUGCAAGUCCUGAUGUCUCCAUACUAAACUACCAAUCUGCACUCUACCAGCCCUCCGCUGCCUCCAUGGCAGCUGUGGCCCAAAGGAGCAUGCCCCUGCAGCCGGGAGCUCCUCAGCUCUGCGCUGCCCGGCCUGACCCCUUCCAGCAGGCGCUCAUUGUCUGCCCACCUGGCUUCCAAGGGCUGCAAGCGUCCCCUUCCAAGCACACCAGUUACUCUGUGCGGAUGGAGAACGCUGUUCCCAUAGUGACGCAGGCCCCUGGUGCCCAGCCUCUACAGAUCCAACCUGGCCUCCUUACACAGCAGGCCUGGCCCAGCGGUACCCAGCAGAUUCUGCUUCCUCCAGCCUGGCAGCAGCUUACCCACACCUCAGUCCAGCAUGCCACUGUCAUCCCUGACUCCAUGAGCAGCACACAACCUCUCGCCAACUGGAGGAAUUCCCACCCUCAUGGCAGCCAUUACAAUCCCAUCAUGCAGCAGCCAGCAUUGUUGGCUGGUCACGUCACACUCCCAUCCAACCAGACGCUUAAUGUGGGAGUAGCACAUGUUAUGAGGCAGCCCUCCACCAAUAACAACUCCUCUUCCAAAAAGAACAAGCAGCACCAGAUGUCUAGCAGGAACAUGUCAACGUAUGAGGUGUCGUCCUCUCAGGCGGUGCUGUCACCACAGCGUUCCAAGCGUGUGAAGGAGAACACGCCUCCACGCUGUGCCGUGCUACAGAACAGCUCGGCCUCCAACUGCCCGCCCCCGCAGGGAUGUGGGGGCGGAGGGUGGGGGGCUAAUGAAGCAGAACAGGCUUCCAGCACCACCCGCGACCAUCAGCACCAGCACCACGUCCCCAGACAGACCAUCAUCAUCCCUGAUACACCCAGCCCUGCAGUCAGCAUCAUCACCAUCAGCAGUGACACAGAUGAAGAAGAUGACCACAAACAGAACAAUAGCUCAUCUUCUAAGCAGAGGAAGAAUGUCAUCAGUUGUGUAACAGUCCAUGAUUCACCUGAGUCCGACUGUUCCAGCAACAACAGCCCGUACACUGUGGAGUCCAGACCCACCAAUAACAACACAUAUGACACAAAGACCACAAUACUGGACAAUUACAAUAACGGCAACCCCCGCACAAUCAUCAUCCCCCCUCUCAAAACCCAGACGAGUGAGGCCCCAAAUGAGUGUGAGCGCCUGAUGCCAGAUGCAAUGAACCAUCAGAAUUCUUCUUAUAAAUUUAAAUCCUCCAAUGGAGUAGUGGCAGGUAGUAAUCACGUACCGGGCGGUGUGACUGGAGGCGGGUCCUACCGACAGCAGCGCACAGGGCCACACCCACUCCAGCAGCAGCCUCUCAAUCUCAGCCAGGCCCAGCAGCAUAUGGUCGCCGAGCGGAACGGAGGCCAUCGGCGCCAGCAGGCUUACAUCACUCCCACCAUCGCCGCUCAGCCCCCGUACUCCUUCCAUCACAACAGCCCCUCUCACACAGGCAACGUCCACCCGCACCUGGCUGCCACACACCUGCCCAGCCAGCCCCACCUGUACACCUACACAGCCCCAGCUGCUCUGGGCUCCACCGGCACCGUGGCACACUUAGUGGCGUCGCAGGGCUCAGCACGACACGCGGUCCAGCACGGAAGCUACCCCCCGAGCAUCGUUCACCAGGUCCCAGUCAGCAUGAGUCACCGCGUGUUGCCGUCGCCCACACUGCACCACAGCCAGUACCAGGCCCAGUUUGCCCACCAGGCUUACAUCAGCGCCUCGCCCGCCUCCACUGUCUACACUGGAUACCCGCUGAGCCCCACUAAGGUCAACCAGUACCCUUACCUCUAGAGAAGACACUGACUGACACUGGAGAGCCUGACCCAGCGCUGCUGCUUCCCCCCCACCCCCGACCCACUCUUCCUGAGCCCCGUCGACAUCCUCUCCUCGACCUCAGACAUAAACAGAGACAGAGGAACAUGCAAUCCUCAUGAAACUGUCACGUAUAACUUGAAGAUAUAACGACAGAGAGAACAAGAAAAAAAGAUUUGCAGCCUCUCUAGAAGGAAAAGAUGGGGGUUGAAUUUCAGAGGGGUAUAGUUAUAAAUGUUUUCUUUGGUUUAUUUUUUAUUUGAAAGGGCCAGUUUUUUUUUUUUUCCUUUGCUUUUCUUUGUUUUUUUUUGUUUUUUUUUUCGCUUUAGUUUAUGAGGAAAUGUCUCAUUAGUUCUUACAGGGAAGUUUGAAACAGGCCUUUUUGUGACAGUGGAGGUUUUCUGAUUUGUUUUUCUUUUGUUUUCCCCUCUUAAAUUUGGGAAAUGACUGUUGAACAGGGGUUACUUACUGGAAGUGUGGAAUCCCAAGAGAAUUGGGAGAAGGUGAAAUACGGAAACCUGCUGCUCUUCAAAGAAAAAAAUAUUGAUGGCCUUGAACUGUCUUAAUAUUUCCAAAUCAUUCAUGGCGUGGGGAGAAAAAGAGAGGCAACUCCCCCACUCCACCUUCUCGAGCCGAGGAGGCUUCUGGGAAUAUAACCAACGAAGACAAACAAACUUUUUAGUGUAUUUAUAGAUAUUUUUCCUUUAUGUUCCACCUUUACGAUGAUACUUCAGUUUUAGCUAGGUGUCUUAGCUGGGCCCCGUUCUUAGAAUGUAGCAGUCUGCACCUGUUCAAGAAUUUUUUUUUUUUUUUCCAUGAUACCAAUAGAUUUAUUUGUUCCUCUUUUUUCAAUGUGAUUGCACAAAAGUGGUUAUAAUAACAUAGGCAUGUACAACGUGAUUGUCUGUGUGUGCUACUGUCAGCCAUGCGUGUGUACUCCACCUCCUCUAAACCCUCUUCAGUCUUUAGGUUUUGACCAUUGUUCCCUCGUAGUGCCUUACAGAUAUAACGACACAGUUUACUUGGCUUGUAUCCUGAAAGCCACAAGAGACUAUAGCUAUACUUAGAGAGACAUGUUUCCUUGGUUUGACAUCCUAGCUGGGGCAGUUGUAGCUCUCUUCCAGGUGUAGGCUCAGCCCUUGCUGUUUCUUGUCCUUAAUGACAGCAUACUAUAGAUGAUGAUUAAUGUCAGAGGUGAUAUUAAGCUGAGCUAUUUUAUUAUGUGUGCAUGAGAUAACUUGCCUGGGGUACUUACCAAAGUCGUAGAUAAACUCUUGUUACAUUGCUCUGGAUAUUAAUGUAAAUAAGAAAAUGUACAGUGUAGCUGUAGCUGUAAACCUCUAUCACAGUGGCACCCAAAAUGUGGCUGUAGUUUGGAAUAUAUUUUUAUGUUUUCUUUUGUUUUCGUUUUUUUUAAUCACAUAAGGGAAUUCAUGCAUCGUGAUUACAGAGCAGAGAUAUAAUUCGCUCAGUUUUCAUGUACAGGGAAUGAGUUGCAGUACAAUGUUUGAGACACAGUAGAGGUCGCAUUAAGGUUAAAAGCUAGUCCGAGAGAAGGGCCUGACAGAAAGUGAUUGUUGCCAUGAGAGUGAUUCUGUGAGGCUAGAGAUAGCCUCGCUGCAGCAAAAAAGACAGAGUAUCGAGGGUUGUUUGAGAGAGAUACUGUGUAGGCACGAGUGAGGGGGCUGGUUGAAAGAGUAGGGUCAGUUUAGGUAGGGACUGUGGAGGGCAGGGUGAUAAUUCUCUAUCUUAAAUGGGACUAAAAUGGUAGCAAGUUGGCACUGAGCAGGUUGAUAGUAACACUGAGCCCGGGUGGUUGGUAGGAGCCACGGGAGGGGGGUGCACUACCUUACCUGAACGCACACCUAUAAUUCUGACAUGAAUCCUUUUGUUGUCGUCAUUGUUGCUGUUGUGGUUUGUUUUUGCCAGCGAAGAUAAUAGGAAGUUAUUUGUUUGAGUUCGAGGUUUGAGGGUAGCAUCUCAGAGUUGCAGGUGAACAAGAACAGAACAGAAGGGAAAUGCCACAGCGUACACCUGGAAGGGCACCUUGUGGAAACAAGCUCCAUUUGUUGCCACUGUCCAUUUGUCUUCGAACCAGGUACACCACAGACAUCGCCACGCCAGCCGAACGGGAUACCUGAACACUUAGAGAACCAAUAGGGCUGUUGCUUUGUGUGUUUGCUGCUUAAUUUUACAAACAUUUCCUUGUAGCCAACGAUACAAAUAAUCUCUUCUGUUAAUUUGUCCUCAUGAAGUGGGCACAUCAGAACUGCUGGUGGUUUAGUGAAAGCCUUCCCCUUCCCCUCUCCCUCAUGGUAUGCCAUAGUACUUGCAUUUAAUUUUUUUUUUUUUUUACUUAACAUUAUCUUGAAAUUUUGACAUGGCUGUAGUACAUGUUGUGUUUAUUUUUAGAGAUUGUUGCAAUAAUUCUUGUGGAUGUUUUAUCAGAGUAUGUGUGUUUUUAUUCUAUGUCAGGCUCAUUUCUAUUUUGUAACCUAGGGGUUGAUGUGCAGUAAUAUUUAGUAUUCCGUGGAGGUGGGAGCACCUGUGUUAAGUGUUGAAACACUGCUGAUGAUAGUAAGUGUUGAGAUAAUGAUAAUCCAAUGGGGCUCUUAUAGAUAGACGCUUCAACUUAAAGGUGAAAUAUCGGGUUUCAAAUCCAAAUCCAGCAAUCUCUGCGGGGCCCCAGAGUAGAGUCCAUCAUCUUGGUACUUGUUUCCCCGAUAAUCUCCACUCCCCAUCAGCUCCAGCAUGCAAGCCUUGGGUCUGGGCAAGUUAAAGAUGUGAUUACAUAGUAUGUUGCUGGUUACAUCAGUCUUUUCUGUACUGUUGUCUAUUUUUUUUUUUUUUUAACUACUUACUUCCCUCUGUGUCACUGGGGCAUAAGCACACACAUAAGGGAGAUGCUUUUCCAUUGAAAUCUUUUGGCUCCUCUGUUAUGAGACAGACUACUGAAACAUUCCACUGUUUGAGGGAAUUUGGUGUUUUACUCAUGCUACACUGCUGUCCUGUCCCCUCUCUACCAGCACGGGGACAGCAAUGUCACACUUGGACUAUUCACUCCUCCCACCAAAGAAUUCAAUAGAUUGACCAUGAACAGCACAGCACAGUACAGAACAAGCAAUCCUCCAUAGCGUCGCUAGAGCAGACAGGCAAUAACUUCUGAUAUCAUCUGUUAAAUGCUUUACAAGUGCUUUUAAGGACAUGCUGUUUUAGCCCCAGCAAUUGCAUCUGUGCAAGUACACAAGGAGGAUUUAAUAUAAUUAAUGCAUACAGCACAGUCAGUUUGUGCAGAUUUGCCUCAGUUUCUGGACAUUCAUCUAUGUGAAAAGCUGCAGUGUGUUUCUAAGCUUUUUUUUUUCAGUUCUAUUUGCAUUACUCCUCACACUUGUCCCCUUAUUAUAUAGAUUGACUGAAUGAGUUUAUUUGUUCGAUAAUAAUCUAACCUCUCUCCAAAUUGUUUUAUAUGCCAGUUAUUUUUUAUGUUGUUGAUGUUGUAGCUUUAUUGGUAUUAUAAGAAAAUGAAUUUGUUAAAACAAAAAAAAAAGUUUUCGUUUUACGUUAGUGUGCCAUGGUAUAGAAUGACCUGUAAAAUGAAUUAAUCAAAAGUAUACCAACAAUACCUUUAAAACCAUGGUCACCUGCACAAAAUGAAUGUAAUAUGUGACCUGCUACAUCUAAAAUGGCUUUAGAUCUUUCUCAGUGGGUGAUCGUUAAUUUCUACAUUGUUUGUGGCCAUGCAUGAUGCAAUAAUUAUACAUCUGAUCUCCAGCAAAAUCCCAUAUGAGAUAAGUGAUGUAAAGUUACCACUAUCAUCAUGAUUAGGGGUUAUGAAAUAAUCACUAUUUUCUAAAAAUGAAACAUCCAACUUAGAAAAGUCCUGUAUGCUCAACAUUGUGGAAUAUAACUUGAUGUGUAUGAUACCCUAUCACUCUGUUUCACAUAACCAAUGUUUUGUGUUUUUAUAAAAAGGGGAAUCAGAAAUGUGAGCAUUAAUGUAGAUCGAGUGACCUUACAAUUACCAAAAUGUGCUUAUGUAGAGUGUAAAGAUGUUUUGUGUUGUUGAGGUGAAUAUAGACUUCCCAACUAGUGAAUUUAUUGUUAAAAGUACUGCCUUCCAAAUAACAAACAAUACCUCCAAAGCUUUAAGGUGAUAUUUUAAUUAGAGAAACUAUAAAAGGCAGCAUCUCACUCUCAGUAAAGCCUGGCGAUCUCCUACAAAAUACACUUAAAACUUCCAACUUUGCUCGCGGUGUUAUUGUGAAAUAGCCUCCUGAAACUUUGGAAAACACUGACAAACAUUCCUGAGAGCAUGUAACACGUUGCUACAUUAGUCUUGUUUGGAUAAAAAUCCUCGAAGGUGACUUGAAGCUUAGUGAGAAGUCAACAGACGACCCGCAGCAUCAGCCUGUGUAGAUUUACAGUCAUUUGGAAAAAGUCGCAGCUGCUUCCCAAAGUACAAAGAGGUUAGGAGCAGGUGUUAGGUUGGAUGAAUCAUGUGCUAACAUACUUUGUCACCAACAAAUUCAUGAUCUAGCUACACAAGCAUUCUUAAAGCCCUUUAGAAUGAGAGUGUAUGUUUUUUGUGUUUUUUUUUUUUAACCUUUGUUAAGGAGAUCUGCUCCUUUGCUGGCUAUUCCUUGGGGGAAUUCAGGGUGAGGUGGUCAAGGUUUGAUGCCAUUACUGGUAGAGGGUGUCAGGUGAUUACAAUAAUAUGAAUUUAGGAACCAAAACUGAUCGAAACAACAUUUUUUCUUAACUGUGCAAAACCAGUAAACAAUAUGGAUUUGAUUUCUACCAGCUAAUGCCUCUAGUAUAUUUGUUGACUUAAUGAAGUAUCUGAAAGGUGAUGCUGUUUCCAUCUACUUUCAAUAGGUUUUCAUUUUUGUGGCGUUCAUUUGCAGAACAUGGGUGUGAAAGAUCAGACCUAAAUCUAGUUCCAGAAUAGCCUGUGAACGCCAUAAAAAUAUUAAGCUAGAUGUAAUGUCAAAGUCACAAAAUGAUGCAAUCCCUUUUGGUGCACACUCAAAAAUACAGUCUAUACAACAUCAUUUAUGCAAGUAAUUUACAGUUUAUUUACAUUUUCUUAAAACCUAAGAGUGCAUCAAACCCUGACCCCCUUUUGUGUCCAUUGCUGUAUGGUUUCUCAAUGGUGUAAAAUCUCAUUCUUUGUCGAUAAAGCUAAUGUGUGCUGCAGUAUUUCCUAGUAUACUUCUCUGUUAAUUGUCUUUUUCUUAUUUACUUUUGUUUAUUGGGGUGUGAUGUCUCAUUAUUUCAAUCUGUUGAUGUAGCGUUCUAUGUAUACCCUGUUCCUUAGCCUAAUAUUAUUAAGUAUGUUAUGAGAAUGGAUAUUUUACUGGCUUUAUAGAAUGUUUAAAUAAAUAUAAUAUUGACAAUAAGAAGGAUUAAUUAAACCUCCUAACAAAUUGAGUACUUGCUACUAAGCGCUUGUGUUACCAUUAUGAUGUUGUGUGCUUCUCUUAAUCAUUUUCGUUGUAGAAAAAUGGAGUGAAUUUAUACUAGGCUUCGAAAAAACUAAUGAUAGCAUUGUAAAUUUACAGGAGGAUUUUAACAGACAAACAGCUUCGUCAAAUAGAAGAAUAUAGUUAUUUUAAUUGUCCUCUUUACUAACUGUAGGGUGAGAAGGGGCUCGCGUUGUGGUGAACUAUGUUAUAGCUUGUUAUUCACUGUUACUUUUGAUCAUUUUUUCGGUCUCCGAGGUGAAUCGAGUUAUUAAUGAGAAUUUGUAUGCUCACAUAUGCAUAUUGUAUAUGUGUAGAAAUGUAAUCACACUUUGUCUUGGAUUUACAUUAAACUGUUAAGUCACGA